CUCUUAAACUGUACUCUCCCAAGUGCUGAGAACAGUGCUCCGCACACAGUAAGCAUUGGGUAAAUACGAUCGAUGGAGGGGACAGCUCUUAAAAGGAAUUGUUUUAGGAUUUAUAAUGGAACUUCUCUUGACCAGGGCAUAAGGUAUUUCUCUAAAUUGAAGGGAUUAAGGAAAAAUAGUUCAGGAGAGUGCAGGCCUGACUCCAGAUAUUACACAUUUGUGCGAUAAACGGAAGGGCCCAAAUUUAAAUGAUCCAUUUGGGUCCUUGCUUUUUCCUUCAGCGUGCAGUGUUUUCAUUUCUCUUGGGGGUUAUUGCAGUGUUCACAUACGGUUUCUGAAGUACAGUCCGCUCUGCCGUGAUGCAUGCUUUCAUUUUGCAUUUUGGGUAGAACAAGAUGGGCAGAAUCGGGCAACGUUUAUUUCCCGAGCGCUCGUCUGGCUCGGUCAGCGGUAUUUAUUGAGCACCUAGUUUUGGCAGAGCACCGUUUUCUAAGCACUUUGGGAAAGUACCUCGCGCUAAAGGUGGGAGACAGACACAAUCCCUGCCCACAAGAAGCUUACAGUCUGUGGUCUAAAUAGAACCUGAUGUGGUGACGGGAGAAACGGUUCAUUCGGGCAACUUGCACAAUAGCCUGACUGAACGUGACUUCCUGAAGUAUUGGCAGCUCCCGUGAUAAACCUGGUUUAUGUUCCUCGAAAAGGUCAUUGUACCAUAGACUCCCGGGUUAAUACACUACCAUUCCUCCCAGAGCCCCUGGAAAAUGAAAUUCCUUUAUGUGCUUUAUACUGUAAUGAUAAAUCUCACGCAACUGUGGUUCGACCUUAAAGGAUUUCAAAGGAUACCGGCACAGUGAUAAAUGAGGAGUUGUAACAUGCUGAGCCUUUGCAGGAAUAGAAGCCUGUUUCGCUGAUCGGCCGGGUGCCCUAGCGUUAGAAGCAGCAAGGCCCGGCAGAAAGAACGCAGAGCUGGGCGUCCAGACAGUUGGGUUCUAACCUCAGCCCCACCAGUCACCUGCUGAGUGUCCUUUGAAAAAGAAAACCUCACCCACUUGAAGAAGCUCUUAAGCAAUAUGAUGGAUUCAGAAGCUCACGAAAAGAGGCGGCAGAUCCUACCGAGCUCGGUGCAAGAUAAACCGCAUCACGUUACCAAAGUGAAUUCCUUAAAACAUUACUUUUGUGGCUGCUGUGCAGCUUUCAACAAUAUAGCCAUCACCUAUCCCAUUCAGAAGGUCCUCUUUCGGCAGCAGCUCUACGGACUUAAAACAAGAGACGCCGUGUGUCAGUUGCAGAAAGAUGGGUUCCGAAACUUGUAUCGUGGAAUCCUGCCCCCGCUAAUACAGAAGACCACAACCCUGGCCCUUAUGUUUGGUCUGUACGAGGAUUUCUCUAGUCUGCUCCUCGGGCACGUAAAUGCUCCGGAACUUAUCACUCGCAGCGUGGCCGCUCUGCUCGCCGGAACGACCGAAGCGAUUUUCACGCCGUUGGAGCGUGUUCAGACCCUGCUUCAAGACUACAAGCACCACGACAAGUUUACAAACACUUUCCAGGCUUUUAAGGUCCUGCGAGGCUACGGCGUUCAAGAAUAUUACCGCGGUCUGAUACCCAUCCUUUGCCGAAACGGGCCCAGCAACGUACUGUUCUUUGGCCUGCGGGGACCCAUCAAAGAGCGUUUGCCUGAAGCGAAGUCUUACGGCGCCCACAUGGUCAACGAUUUUAUCUGUGGAGGGCUGCUGGGAGCCAUGUUGGGAUUCCUGUUUUUCCCCAUAAAUGUUGUAAAGGCUCGCAUGCAGUCUCAGAUCGGUGGGGAGUUUCAGUCCUUCCCCGAAGUUUUCCAAAAAAUCUGGCUAGAGCGGGACAGGAAACUGACGCAUCUUUUCAGAGGAGCCCAUCUGAAUUAUCAUCGCUCCCUCAUUUCCUGGGGCAUAAUCAAUGCAACUUAUGAAUUCUUGCUAAAGCUUUUAUGAAAAAUGCCAUCCAAGCGUCAGUGCUCAGCUGCAUAGGACCUCUUACAAGAUUUCAGUUAAAUUCUGGGAGCUUGGGGGCUAAAUGCUAGAGAGUGUUGCGAGUCAAGCUGAGACACAGGGAAUUGUGAGCCAAGAAACUUGCCAGAGAACAGGUUAAAUUUGGAGUAACGCUGGCUAGGUCAACACCCCCCAUCUCUCUAAUUGUGGUCGUUACCCAUAGGGUCAGUCAGGGUUUCUAAUCGGUUAAGAAAAGGUUUCCUGCAAAUUAUGCAGUUUCGGGAAUUUUUCUAUUCAGACUGCCGUGAAGCAAAUGGGAAAAGGUUCUUGGGGGCCCGAGGCUUAUCUUGGAGCUUCAGGCUUCUCUCCUUACAGCAAUAAUAGAAAAGGGAAUCCUCUCAGAGUUGAGCAGGGCAGAAGCAAAAAAGAAACUUUUACCAUGUUCAGAGUCUCCAGCUAGCUUCUACCUACAAGGUUUUGAAACCAAAUGAGCACGGUAAAGUGCAUUACCCACACUGUGUUCCUCCCAUUAGUCGAUCGGGCUUUCGCCAUCUUAUACGUGAGGAGGAAUGGCGUUAAGCUGUUGAGAAACAUUCAUAAAGCAUUUUGCCACCCAGAACAUUUUAAAACUAGACAUUUUGCCGAACCUCCUUAAGUUCUGGUUCGACUACUUGGGGCGAACCUCUCUGCUUUACUUUUGAUAGUCUCUUUCGGUCAACAAGUCCUUAAAUUUUACUUGAAACGUCGGACUUGGUCGCAGAGAAGGGAGAUUUGAAUCUCUGAUUUAUUAGAUUUGGUCUCCUAAGGUUGCUUUAUUAAACUUCCAAGUCCUCUGUCAAAAUUGCUGCUCAAUCAGCAAAGGAUUUAUUUUUUCUUAGCUGGUUGUCCAACUUGAAAUUCAAUCCAUGUCAAUUUCAUGUCUUUCCCCCCGCCUCAGCCCCCCAUCGCCUCCACCUGUUUUCCUUCUUGAAUUUCACUUUCAAAUUGGUCAUUGUUUGGCUACCCAGUCUUUUAGCCCAGUCUUUUUCUAGGCUAAUAACAUGUUAAAACCCUGAACACAGUGUUUAGUUUUAAGCUAAUUGUUCUCUUCCUUUGGCUUAGUCACCUAUUUUUUUACAUCACUUCAGAGCCAAUUGUCCAAACUUGUCGAGUCUGAGAAUAACUCAGAUAAUUGAAAGUUCUAGUUGUGAACAAAACAAGGUGUGCCUUUCUUGGACGGGCAUUUACCUAACCUCAUUCAAUUCUUGAAUCUGUCUUGGGAACCUUUUUUUAUGUUUUUUGCUUUUUUAAAAAAAAAAAACAAACACACCUACCCCAAGUGUCCCCUUUUGGAGAAUUGGUGGUUCCGGUGAUUCAAGUUCACGUAAUCAGAUUUUACCUGAACAUAGUCCAGAGUAAAAAUUUCUCCCGGUAUUUUCACCGUAUGCUAGGGAGCCUAAUUUUGUAUUAGUACCAGUCUGUAAUGUGUUUUCAAUCUGAAUUUUAAGUUCUAUGGUCAGACAUUUAUUUAAAAUGUAAAUUCUAGGGGUUGUUGCCAGACUCAAUUAUACGGUGACAGGGAUGGAAAAUAUCAAAGGAGUGGAAUCGAAAAUCGCUCCGUUUUUUUCUUCCAGGUUGUUAGAAUGAAACAACCUUUCUCUCUCCUCCUGAGAGGAGAAUAUUCAGGAAAACACGUUUUGGAAAAUUGGAUUGAUCGAUCGAGUAGCUCCACUAUGCGGGUCAGUAACAGGUUGUUUUCAAACGUUUAGCUUAGGACUGUUUGCAUCAAGGAGAGGCUGGCUGGUCCUCUUCCUAUAGGAAUGAUCAUUCUCUUCCAGGUUUUGAGCCCGUGUAUUAUCUCUGUAUGCUUUGCUACUGCUGUGUAUGUAUUAGCACGGAUCAUUGACAAUCAGUUUAUUAAUAAUUGCAUGGGAUUGGUUAACCGGAUGUUUUGAAAAGGUGUGUACAUCUAAGUGCAGUGUAUCCGAUUAAACAGGCAGAUAAAUGUUCUGUCACCAACUGAAGGAUAGAUCGAGUAGAAUCCCAGUAUCAGAGCUUUAAAGGAAAACGCCAUCCAUUUGUACAGCGUCACACCGAAAGCAAAAAAGCGUAUCCUAAACCGACACGUGAGGAGCGUGGCGAACAUCACGCAGACGGAGUAAGCCACCAAGACCUAAGAACGGGAGACUCAAACGCUAACCGUAUUUUACGUUUUACCAUCCUCUUGCUUUGAGAGAGCUGUGUGGAACGGGAAUGAGCGGAGGUCUUUUGAACCUUAGAUCUUUCGGGAAAGAAACGAGGAAGACCCCCGUGGUUGGGUCAUUUCUGAAAACGCGUCUCUCUGAGAGGUGACUAAACACGGUCACGCACACUGCACGUGUGAAUAAACGCAGCACACACCGUUCGGGUCGUGCUGUCCCUAGCACGCCGGCUCAUGUGGAUCACUCCACGUCGGACUCUCCGGAGCCUGUUUUCGCACUCCAGGUGAUCCGCACUCGCGUCCUUCUUAGUGCACUUUGUGAAGUAAAUGAGGUGAGGUUUCUGAGGCGGAUGCUCGGUGUCGUCGUAUCGUCAGCACUAUAUUAAUAAAAUCACUGUUGGUGGACUUCCACUUCCCUUGUUUACGACAGCCUGUGAAGUCCAAACCGCCCAUUGAUUCAUAAGGCUGGUUUUGUCUCACCUCCCAAACUUCUUAGAUUUGAUUACAGGUCAGAUGAAACCAAACCUACAAGAAUCAUUUAACCAACUACCGCGUGCUGGAUUUUAGAGGGCGAUUGUUAUGCAAUAGAUACUCACUGCUGAGUUUUCCACCCAAGUAUAAAUCCACCCGGUGUCAAGUUGUGAAAUGAAAACCAUUAUCAAAUAACUUGAUUUCAAAAGCUUUAAAGUGACCUUUGUGUUACAACACGGCUUCCUACUUAAACGUGUUGCUUAGGAUCUAAUGCAAUCGUGUGCUUCCAGAACCAAGUCAUAGUUUCUUCAAUAGGCAUGCUUAGAGGUUGUACGAGCCCUCAGGUCUGCACAAUGUAGUCAACACAACCUUUGUACGUUGUUUUCUGUUGUCUUGGCUACUUUUAUUUUUUUAACUCCUUUUGUUGACGGUGGGGUGGACAGAAGUGGCUUUACUCAAUAUGCAGAUCUUAACUGGCCGUCUCAUCAUUAGAACCGUCUUGUGAACGGGGAUGUAAAACGGGGUUCUGUGCGGAUGAGGAUCUGCCGAGAACUCAAGUUCUUGAACUUGGCGGUUUUUGAAGCGGACUGUCUUCUGCGCUAGCAAAAGGUGGAAGUGAGGGUUAGAGAAGGAGCAGUUGAACUGAAAAACGCUGGGCUUUCUUCAUAGCAAGUCAGUCCUGUUGGAAGAACACCGAUUCAACGUACGUGAGCGUUUUUGAUGAAGCAAUGGUGCGAGUGGGAUUUUGGUACACACCGAAGUGUAGUAGGUCAAUGAGAUUUAAGGAAAGGCAUUCAAAUUGGAUUUUGUUACUCCAUAGAAGAUCCACCUUCUGUUCAUUUAGAGAGAAGUGAAAAGCAUAUUCAGAACUAUUUUUCCUGAGUUUUAGCAUUCAAAUUUACUUAAGUUUUGGAGGCUAAUAACGCUUCAGUAGUCUCGAUAGUUACAUUUUUAUUUUUUGGAGGGGCCCAGUUGCUUUGCUCCAAAGUGAGCGCUCUGCAAAGGGUAUGCCAAUUUCCUCAUACGUCGCGUUAUUAAAGGUGAUGAAGCACAAAAAAAAAGCGCUGUCUGGAUAACUCUGUUGUGAUUACAUGAUGCAUUUAAGUGAAAUUUCUAUUGAAUGUCGCUGUGUUGCUAGAAUACAUGUUUUUGGUAACCUUGGAUGAAAUAAAAAAAUUUUUUUUAAAGGCGA